AUGGAAAUUACAAAUGUCAGCGAGUAUGAGGCCAUUGCAAAGCAGAAAUUGCCCAAGAUGGUUUAUGACUACUAUGCCUCUGGUGCAGAGGACCAGUGGACUCUCCAAGAAAACCGAAAUGCCUUUUCAAGGAUUCUGUUUCGACCCCGCGUUCUGAUCGAUGUGAGCAGGAUUGACAUGACUACAACUGUUCUGGGCUUCAAGAUUUCUAUGCCAAUCAUGAUUGCUCCUACUGCUAUGCAGAAGAUGGCUCACCCUGAUGGGGAAUAUGCAACAGCAAGAGCAGCAUCAGCAGCUGGCACAAUAAUGACUCUAUCUUCAUGGGCUACUUCCAGCGUCGAAGAGGUUGCUUCAACAGGACCUGGGAUUCGGUUUUUUCAACUCUAU